AUGUACGGUCAUUUAAUUAAUUUAAUAAAAUGUUUGUUUCUACUUUGCAGAGUGAACAAGAAACGGGACUUGUUCAAUAUAUUGCAGUCGGAAGAGAUAGCUAGCGGCCGACCGAGGAGUGGUGGAAUCGUGACGUCCAGUUUCGCCAGCCGUGUAUCAACGGGUACAAGUCGUCGCACCGCAGCUACUACAGGCGAGUUUUUUGUAGACCUUAAAGUCUACAAAACAGGAGACUACACUUCCAAUCCCGUCGAUGUGCGCUACAAGACAGCAUUAGUAACAGUUAAGUUACAGUGUGAAGACUCGUCACCAUCGUGGGACGCUCUUCAAACCUUCCUAGGACAAGCUUGGACGAAUAUAGAACAAGAAAAUAUCACCACUGUUUCGGACGAAGAGUGUGCUCAUUUUGACCCUCACCAAUAUUUGGAUUCAUUUCAAUGUGCUCAAGAUCCCCUAGAAGGGUUUACGGAAGAUAUUUUAAAAAUGCAGAGCUCAUCUAAGUCAUUAAAAAGGACUCGACACAAUCGCAAAAUAAAGUGCAAGAGGAGGCAGAGCAUUCAAUUAGAUCAAACAGCAAAGUACUGUGGCCCAGUUUCAUUCGUCAUCAAUAGCGCACCAACAAAAGGACUUCGCCUAAUCAGGAUACAAGUUAUCGAAUUGGAUCGAUUACAACGAAUUAGUGAUAGUUCGGAAGAGAUAGCUAGCGGCCGACCGAGGAGUGGUGGAAUCGUGACGUCCAGUUUCGCCAGCCGUGUAUCAACGGGUACAAGUCGUCGCACCGCAGCUACUACAGGCGAGUUUUUUGUAGACCUUAAAGUCUACAAAACAGGAGACUACACUUCCAAUCCCGUCGAUGUGCGCUACAAGACAGCAUUAGUAACAGUUAAGUUACAGUGUGAAGACUCGUCACCAUCGUGGGACGCUCUUCAAACCUUCCUAGGACAAGCUUGGACGAAUAUAGAACAAGAAAAUAUCACCACUGUUUCGGACGAAGAGUGUGCUCAUUUUGACCCUCACCAAUAUUUGGAUUCAUUUCAAUGUGCUCAAGAUCCCCUAGAAGGGUUUACGGAAGAUAUUUUAAAAAUGCAGAGCUCAUCUAAGUCAUUAAAAAGGACUCGACACAAUCGCAAAAUAAAGUGCAAGAGGAGGCAGAGCAUUCAAUUAGAUCAAACAGCAAAGUACUGUGGCCCAGUUUCAUUCGUCAUCAAUAGCGCACCAACAAAAGGACUUCGCCUAAUCAGGAUACAAGUUAUCGAAUUGGAUCGAUUACAACGAAUUAGUGAUAGUGUAAAUGAUAACAGUGUUCUGUUAAAUUCUCAAUAUGUAGUGAAGGAUGUUGGUGAUGAAAUAAUGGAUCAGACUGAGAAAAUUAUCAAUAAUAUAUCAAAAAAAAUAUGUGGUUAUAGUUACACUAAUUGUUUUUAG